AAGAAAAAUUAGAUAAUGAACCAGCCUCACCUACCGUUUUACACAACCAAAGAUUCCAUACUGGAGCAUUCAAUAUAGAUGGCUACACUGAUUUUAAUACUUGCUAUAAUAAAUUCCUUUUUCAUCACAGGCUACCCAGUUUCCCUGCACCUCAAACCAUAGGCACUUUCCUUCAAAAUUUUCAUGAACACUUUCCUACAUUCUAUUCCAACCAAUAUAUCCAAAUCACUAUAAAACAACACCCUUAUUAUGAUUCAGUUUUUACAGAAGGACAUAUAUACCUUCUCUAUGAAAAUAUCCUUCCUGACCAUACUACCUUUAUAUCUCUUGAAGAACUCUUCCAAUUUUAUAAGUAG